AUGGUCUACUGCGGCAAAGCCUCUCAGGGCUGUCAAAACUGCCGAACCCGUCGCAUUAAGUGCGAUAAAGUGAAACCCGAAUGUUCACAAUGCAUCCGCGUGGGCAAGAAAUGCCCCGGGUAUCGAGACCAACUUUCGCUCAUGUUCCGCGAUGAAAGCACCAAGGUCAUCAAAAAAGCACACGCUCAGUGGGGAGUUACCGAUGGUGCUGAGAAUGGUGCUGAGCGCGCAUCGGCCUCGACAGCUCCGUCACCGCCUGCUUCUUCGCCCUCUUACAGCCGGAAGGGCUCGCCGAACAGCAAGAGGUCUGCAUCAAGAUCAGGAGCCGCGAACGUACCUUCGCCAGCCUCGAGUUCGGCAUCCUUUUCCGCCUCGCCUUCGUCAACGUACCGUUCUGCGGGCUCUUCAUCACCACCAACGCUCCCGGCUGUCAAGGAAGAACACAACCGCGAGUCCAGCCCUCCGACACUCCAGAUAGGAUCUACCCUCGAGGAACAGGGCGUGCAGUUCUACGUCAACAGGUAUCUGAUAGGGCAUCCUGAUGAACCCAAAAACGGCCAAGACUUGAACACAGAGGGUUGGAUAUGGCAUCCAGCAGUACAGGACGUCAUGUGCGCCGUAGGCCUUGCUGGCCUGCACAACCUGACUGGCAAUGCCAAAAUGAUGUCGACUGCGCGAGAGAAGUAUGGUUCAGCACUACGACAUACCGGGAAGCUGAUCCGGCCUCCCCAUACACCGAGCAUAGAUGUGACAAUGAGGGCCGUGGUGGCCCUCGCCAUGUUUGAGGUUCGCCCCCCAACUCUCUGCUGCAACUAUGGUUACGCGUCUUUGACUGUUGCUGUUUUCAUACCUCUACACGUUGCUGGCAUGCCCAUGCCACCGGACUUUUACGACUGGGUUUCUUAUGGUUCGCAACUCCAGCUGCCCAUAGACCGACCGUCGACCGACCUAGCGGUUCUGAUCGCUCGAUUUGUCGAAACCUCGUCAAUUAUUCACAACCAUGUCAUCAGCGACGGAAAACCAAAGACGGCCAGCGUUAUUCAGCAGCUUCUGGAUCUUGAUCAAGAUUUGGCCUCGUGGGAGAAUGGACUGGAAGGAGAUUGGAUUUACCGCACCAUUCACGCCACCCAUCUCCCUCCUAAGGCAGUGUUCCAGUGCGAAUACCACAAAUACCACGACGUCUGGACUGCUCGAAUCUGGAAUUACUACCGAUGGUGCCGGAUUCUGGUCAACCAGAAUUUGCUGGAUCUGACCAAUAAGAAUCCUGUGUCCAGUUUGUCGCUGGUAUCAGCGGCUGCGCGGGACGAGUUUCUGAACGUGAUCCGACAUUUGGCGAGGGAUAUACUUAUUAGUGCACCAACACAUUGGCGACACCCGGCCCUAGACGGACCGGCUCAGAUAACAGUGGAAAGUCCCGGCGGAGGAGGAGCUGGAUCAGCAGGACUACCGGCAUUGCUAUUCCACCUCAAAGUGGCGGGUUGCGCUCCUGGAGUGCCCAAAGACUACUGGGAAUGGGCGUUGGGAAUCAUCCAAACAAUUUGGGGCGACAUGGGAAUGUUGCACGCACGAUCGAUGAUGGAAGCCAUGCGAGCGCAUGAAGACACGGUGCUGAGAACUGGUGCAGCUGGGAUAUUGGCAGAUGAUUGGUAG